AUGGACAUCCCAUCAGAGAAUGAAGAGCCAAAGGGCAACACCCUCCAUGUUGAGAAAGUUUCGACAUCUUCCAUAGAACAGGGAUCCGGGCAUUUUGAGGAUCUCGAUAGCAUCGAACAAACGAAUGCUGGGAGAUACGCCUGGCUUGUCGCUGCUACUGCAGGCGUUGGUGGUUUGCUUUUUGGCUACGAUACUGGAAUCAUCUCAGCCGUCCUUGUCUACCUUAACAAUGAUCUCGGAAAGGUCCUCAAUGCGAGCGAAAAGGAACUUAUAACCUCGAUUACUUCCGGUGGCGCGUUUAUUGGUGCCAUUGCAGCCGGGCUUACUGCUGACCGCUAUGGCCGAAAAGGUCCUAUUUAUAUGGGGUGUUUACUGUUCAUCAUCGGAGCAGUUCUACAGGCCGCUGCCUAUUCCCUUGCUCAGAUGACUGUUGGACGGCUUGUUGUUGGAUUUGGAGUAGGCUCAGCAGCUAUGGUUGUCCCUCUCUACAUUGCAGAGGUUGCUCCUGCUAAACACCGUGGUAAAAUGAUUGGGCUGGACAACAUGAGUAUCACAGGCGGACAGCUCAUUUCAUAUGGAAUCGGUGCAGCUUUUGCUAACGUAAAUCACGGAUGGAGAGGCAUGGUGGCACUUGGAGCCGUCCCAGCGAUAACCCUAUGCUGCCUUCUCCCCUUCUGCCCCGAAUCGCCUCGUCAACUCAUCUACCAUGACAAACAUGACGAAGCCGCCGUCGUCAUCCGGAAAAUCUUCCCCCAAGGAACACCAGAGCAGGUUCAACAGAAGGUUCGACACAUAGCAGGUCACGUCGCCGAAGCGAAAGCUUUAAAGGACGGCAAAGGCAACAUCUGGCUCCUCAAGCAGCUUUACGUCGUUCCUGGUAACCUUCGCGCCCUUAUUUCCGCCUGUGGUCUCAUGGCUAUCAGCCAGCUUGGAGGCUUCAACAGUCUCAUGUACUACUCUUCGACUAUUUUUGCCGUGGUCGGUUUCAACAGUCCUGUAGCGGUGGGGACCGUCAUUGCCGCCACGAACUUCAUCUUCACCUGGGUCAAUUUCAUGGUCAUUGAUCGAGUCGGUCGACGCCGUAUGUCGCUCUGCACCAUAUGGGGAAUGGCACUCUUCCUAAUCAUAGCAGCUGUCGCAUUCCACUGGAUCCCCAUCAACCACGAUCUCACUCUCCAAACGACCCAGAUCGGAUGGCCCGCCUACGUCGUCCUAGUCAGCAUGAUCAUCUACGUCAUGUUCUACAGCUCCGGAAUCGGGAAUACCGCCUGGCUCUCCUCGGAAUUCUUCCCCAUGGAGAUCCGCGCUUACGGGACCAUGAUGCUCACCUGCUCCUGCUGGGGCUCCAACAUCAUCGUCUCCUCGACCUUCCUUACGCAGAUGGGAAACACGACGCCGUCAGGCGCCUUCGGUUUCUAUGCUGCGAUUUGCUUCUGCGGCUGGAUCGCCGUGUAUUUUUGCUAUCCCGAAGUUAAGGGUUUGACGUUGGAGGAUAUUAGGCAGGUUUUUGAACAUGGCUUUGGGGUGCAGUAUGCGAGGAGCUUGCAGAAGCAUCGUAAGCGCAAGCAUCAGUUGGAGAAUACAAGGGCGUAG